AUGAAUAAACAAUCAUUGAAUACAAUUACACCAUUAUUAUGUAUAACAAUACAUAUAGAAAAUUAUAUUGAAUUAUAUAUCCAUGAUGAAUAUUCAUUACCAAUAUUAAAAUAUCGUUAUGAACAAUAUUAUAUUAAACCAUGGAAACAACCAAAAAAAUUUAUUAAAACAAAACUUAUAUUAACCUAUACAUCAUUAAUAUUAAAAAAUGGAUCAUGGUGGCCAUAUCGUAAUGAAAAUUUAAUAAAAUAUAAAACAAUACAAAAAAUUAUUUUAUUAAAUCAACAUAAAUUACAAUUAGCUAUUGGUUUAUAUGAUGAAGAUUAUGCUGAAAAACAAUUUAUUAUUAUAUCAACAAAAAAUAUAUAUGAUAUUGAUAGAUUAAUUCAAUUAAUUGAUUCACAAUUAUUUAUAUGGAAAUAUGCAUUAAAUAAACAAAUAAAUUAUCCAUAUAAAUUAAAUAAAAGAAAAGUAAUAACAAAUAAUAAACAAUCAAUAUUAUUCAAUAAAACAUUGAAUAAAAAAGAUUUUAUUGAUAAAAAUCAUAUGGUUAAUAUUAUAAAUAAUAUAACUGAGGGGAAAUCAUUAAGAAAUAUGUCUUUAAAUCAAUUUAAUGAAAAGAUAGUUAAUAAAUCUAAUGGUAUAUUAGAAAUUGAUUAUAAUAAUCCACAAGGUUAUCGUGAUUAUAAUGAACAUAAAUCAAUAUUACAUAUGUAUAAUAAUAUAAAUGAUAAUGAUUUAUAUAAUGAUAAACAAAUAAUUGAAGUGGUGCCAAGUACUUCAAAUAAUUUUAAUUAUAAUAAUAAUAAUCAUAGACAUCAUAAAGAACGAACAAGAAAAGAAAAAGAAGAAAGUAGAAAGAUAAAAAAUAAAUCUUGUCAAACAGAUCCUAUUUAUAUUGAGAAUAAUAUAAAAUCAUGGGAAGUUGAUAUUAAACAUGUACGUUAUGAUCCUAUACAAGGAAAUAUUUUAGAUGAUAAUGGUUCAGUUUAUUUAUAUUCUGCACAUGAAAUUGACUAA